CAAAAGGCAGCACAAUUAGUGUGUGUGUGUGUGUGUGUUUUCUGGGGGGCAAUGUAACCACAAUACUCCCUUAGUGUACAUGAGAACACUUGGAUAAAAAGAAAUCAGAAUUUAAAAAAAAAAAAAUUCAUCUCGAGUCUCUUUUUUUCUUUUUUUCUGUCCUGAUGGACUAAAUGCCGUUUCCUUUCUGCAGACUGUGUUACAGUGUCAGUGAGAAAUCCUGCACUGCUUUGGCUUCAGCUCUCUGUACAAAUCCAUCACACAUCAGAGAGCUGGAUCUGCGUUGGUGUAAACUGGGAGACUCAGGAGUGGAGAAGCUCUGUGAUCUACUGAAGAAACACGAGUGUAAACUGGAGACACUGCGGUUAUCUCAGUGCAGAAUAACAGAGAGAGGCGGUGCUGCUCUGACUGCAGCUCUGAGCUCAAACUCCUCACAUCUGAAAGAGCUGAAUCUGAGAGGGAAUGAACUAAAAGAUUCACUCGCACAGCUCGAGGAGUUGCUGAAAAGUUCAGGAGGCCGGCUAAAAUAUUAGACCACAUGGGAGAAAAUGAAAGCUCUUGGGUUUGCUAUUACACAUUACGUCCCUGGUAUUAGAAAUUCUGGUCAGCAGCCGACUUUAGAAAGUGAGUCAUCGACACUGCAGCAUGACCAAAGAGAGGGAAAAAUGGAACUCGUCCCACAGUGAGGAAGCAGUGUGGACAAUGUCUCCAGCGAGCCAGACCAGGGCAGGAGGGGGGAACACAACAAAAGACUGCACAGAGAAAAGUCACACCAGUAGUUCACAGAAUCUACAAAAUAAAGGCUACACAAGCGUUCCCACCUCCAAACCACAAAACAACAUGGACUAGAAAAGAACAAAAAAACUCCCUCACCAAUACGGGCUACAAACAUCCUGGUGACUGACGCUCAGAUUUCAUUCAGUCCAUUUACUGAAAAGGAAGUUUGUUCUGGUUUCUGUUCCUUUCUUCUGCAAAGGAACUUUCAGAGCUGAACACAGUGAACGGGUUUGUUUAAUAAAUAUCACAUGGACAACUUCAUUUGUAAUGAAAGCACCGAUAACCCUCACUCUCUAAUCCAACACACACUGAAACACACAUUAUGGGAAGAAUGUUAGAAAGUCGGACUCUGCUGUCGUUCUCAUUCACACACAUACAGACUUGUUUUGUUUUUUAAUAAAUUAAUUUUGUUACUAAAA